GUGGACGGCCUGUGGGGGAACUGGAUGCAGUGGACGGAGUGCAGCGCGACCUGCUCCAGGGGGUACAAGUCGCGACGCCGCACCAUCGACGUCCAGCCGAACUACUGCGGGAAGCUCCUGCACGGACUGCGAGAGGAGUUCCUCGUCUGCGACGACCUCCCGCCCUGCGAGGAGGACAGGGACUGCAAGCUGUCGGAGUGGGGCAGCUGGUCGCCAUGCUCGUGCGCCUGCUCCGGCACCCGCGAGCGGAACAGGCGCAUCGCGGAGUUCGCCUCGGGGAACGGGAAGCCCUGCGCCAACGCGACCCUCAAGGCCGUGGAGCCCUGCAACCCCGGGGUUGGCGAGGAGGCGCCGGCCGAGUGCGGGAGCGGCACGCCGCAGGACUGCGAGCUGGGCGACUGGUCGGAGUGGUCCGAUUGCUCGCUGCCUUGCGGCGGCGGUCAGCAGGAGCGCAAGAGGGCCAUCAAGGCCCAGCCCGCCCACGGGGGCCGGCCGUGCGCGGACAGCCUGCUGGCGACGCGCCCCUGCCACACGCAGCCCUGCGAGGCGGAGACCUGCCAGGAUUGCACCUGGGGCCAGUGGUCCGACUGGGGCGACUGCUCCAAGUGCGGGGGGCAGCGCUGGCGCCACCGCUCGGCGCGGGCCCUCAGCGCGGCUGUCGGCCGCGCAGGGAGGGAGGGGGGGGGCGCACCGGCCGCCCCCUCGCGCGGCCGCAUGCAGCCCGUGAAGGUGUCGCACCUCAUCCAGCCCACCCGUGCCGGCCUGGCCGCGCCCCCGCCCGAGCCCCCGCCCGCGCCGCAGCGCGGCGGGCCGGCCUCUGCGGGGCGGCCCGGCACGCCCGCGGCGCUGUCGGCGGGGACGUUCGACGCCACAGGGGCUGGCGGCCGCUGGAGCACGGCUGGCCUCUCCACGCCCAAGCACGGCGACCGGCCCGACCUGGCCGCCAGCGUGCAGCUGAUGAGUGCUGCGUUCCGCGGCAGCGCCGUGUCCGCCGGGGCCGUGAUGGCGGCGCCGGUGGCCGUGGCGCCCGUGGCUUUUGCGCCGGCGCCGAGGGCGCAGCCGGCCCGGCCGCUGUCGGCGGGGCGUUCCUGUGCCGCAUCCUUGCAGCUGGACGCAGCAGCGCCGCAGUCGCCGGCGGGCGACCAGUUCGCGGGGCAGGUUGCGCUGGAGAUGCCGACGCCCACCAACGCGAGCCGAAAGGUGAUGAUCGGCAGAAGCUCCCGCAGCGCCCGCAACAGCGUGCUCAUCGCCCGGGGUACGGGCAGCCCCGAGCAGGUGCUGGACGCUUGGCCGGUGGCCCUGCGCGCGGCGCCCCCCGGGACGCCGGGCGGCGCCUCGACCGCCCCGGCCCCGGCCGCCCUGCAGCCGCAGCAGGGCUGGGCGGUGCCGCUGCCGCAGCAGCCCGUCGCGAUGCUCGGGGCCGUGCCCAUGCAGCCGCAGCGGCCGUCCACCGCCCCGACCCGCCCGGUGGUGGUGCGGCGCAACAUCCAGGCCGUCCAGGUGGUCCACGCGGCGCCGCCGCAAGGGGCCUCCGCGGGCGCCGUCGAGGUGCUGCCGCUCGCCGCGCCCACGCCGGGGAGCGGCGAGGCCGCCGAGGCCGCGCCGAGAGCGCCCGCGCGGUGCUUCCCGCGGGAGUGA